AUGAGUUGGUCGUGGAGUAGCCGGUGCUACCCUUGCUGGACUGCUGUGGAUAGGUCUGUCCUCGGACGCUUCUGUGGACGUUGGUAUGGACUAAGCGGCGAUUGGAUGCUGGUAGGAGAGGAUGGCUCUACCUGGUGGGUAGUAGACGGCCUAGUAGAUGAUACGAACGGCGAUAAAGUGACAAGAGGGGGUGCAACCGGUACUGGAGUGCUAGGAGACGACGGGACUUUGGACGGUGUGGUCGGUACUAAGGUUCUGGGGGAUGACGGAACACUAGACCAUGGUACCGGUGCUGGAGUUCUGGGAGACGACGGAACUCUGGAAGAUGCGACUGGCGUUGGAUCUCUGCAAGAUGCCGAGGCUCUACCUCUAGGUAGUAUAUCCCGAGGACGCUUAGUUAGAUGCUGGGUGCUCCAUAUUUGGUCGAGCCGGGUCUGGUUUGAGCUGAUAGAACUAGCUCGCCGCUGGCUACUCGAGCUGGAUCGACGAGUGGAUGGCUUGGAGAGGCUCCUCAGACGACCCUUCCCUUUAUCUUGUGUACUUGGGGAAGUCCACUCGGGACUCUCGGAGCUAGCAAGGGACCGUGGAAGAAUAAUAGCCAUUUAG